CUCUCACCACCACACCCACCACUAUCUGCCUCCCCCACUUCCUCAUACCAUCCACCCUCCCCACUGCUUCCUCUCACAGCCAGUUCUUCUUCGACCUACAGUAGGUAGCUUACCCAACCCAAUACGCAAUGAAGUUCGCCCACAUUGCCUCGGUCUGCCUUGCGGCAACCGCCGCGCCGCGCAUUGCGCGGGCAGCUACGAACUUCGACAACCUUCUGUCGCUCGUCACUCAGCUGCAAGAGGAGGUCAUGCUGCUCUCCACCGAGUACGGCGCCAAAGACGACGAGAUCGCGUCGCUCGUCACCCAGCUGACGACAUGUGAGCAGAGCACCACCACCAGCAGCAGCGAUGACUCAUCUCAAGACGAAAGUGACAACUCCACACCGUCUCCUGAACCGUCACCUACGCCUGAGCCCGACCCUCAGCCAGAGCCAACACCAACACCCGAGCCGAUUUAUGAGCCAGAGCGGACACCAUCGCCUGAGCCCAUGUCUGAGCCAGCACCCACCCCAACAGAAAAGCCUGGGUCGCCCGAACCCGGUUCCGGCGGAGGGUUCACCUUCUCACGCGACAGCAGCUGGAACUACAAUUUGAGGACACCCGUUGACACAUCCGCGGACGUCGACGUCUUCUUCAUCGACAUGGACGCCGGCCAGGGCGUCAUCGACGAGCUACACGACAAGGGCAAGGGGGUGGUUUGCUACAUCUCCAUCGGCACGGUUGAGGACUGGCGUGACGACGCGAAGGAAUUCCCGUCCUCGGCGAUCGGCGGGGACGUCUCCGGGUGGGCGGGCGAAAAGUGGGUCGACGUGAACGACCAGGAUGUUCGUGAGAUCAUGACCGCCCGAGUGGAAAUGGCCUCCAGCAUGAACUGCGACGCUGUGGAACCUGACAACAUGAUGGUUUACACCGAGGGUUCCUCGACUGGCGUCAGCGUGUCCGAAGCGGAACAGAUCGAGUACAACUCCUGGUUCGCUGACAUCGUGCACGCUUACGGCAUGGGGGUCGGUCUUAAGAACGCGGUGGAGUUGGUCCCAAUACUCGUCAACAAAUUCGACUUCGCGCUGAACGAGGAGUGCCACGAGUGGAACGAGUGCAAUGUUUACGAGGAUACCUUCCUUGCGGAGGGCAAGCCCGUGUACAACGUCGAGUACAACUUGGGCAAUUCCGUGUGCGAUGAGGCGAAUGCCCUCGGCCUUGACACCAUCCUGAAGAGCUACGAUUUGGACGCGGCUUUCUGCAGCUGCGUUGAUCCGUCCAGGGACGUGGACUGCAUGCACUAAUUGCGGUUGCUCGUUGGCCGAAGUUUUCGUCCUGCGCGGUCCGGCUAACUGACGGUGGCUCGCGCAAAAUGAUGACAUUUUGUUCAUUUUUAUUCUCAUGUGGUGAAAGUAGUUGCAUGUAUUUUUUUGGUGCUGCGCGCUUGUUGUUCUUGGCGCACGACUUUUGUCCCUUGCUCGGUGUUGAUUUGUUGUUUCGAGUGAUGCAGUGGGUUAAAAUGUCUGUCUCAUGUUGUGUUGGGGAGCGUGUGUUGUGACUUGCGUAUACUGUCUAUACGGUAAAAGCGCGCACUAAUAUUUGAUCGGGUACGGUCUCGUUUUUAACACGUUUACAUACUAGAACGGAAACGCCGUACAUAUAGCAGUACGGACGCGCGGUUGUUUCGGCGCAACUUGAUCAGCCCCUUUAGUGAUAGUGCCUAUUUCGGAUGUACUAUGUGUUUUAAAUUUGUCUUUUUGGCACCGAACCAAGGGUACAGCGUGUUUGAAGGGUAAGACAGGGAGGCGACGAUUUCUAUUCCCAUGCCCAUGCCUUGGGGAAACAACUUGAAGCUGGGGGCUUACGCCCCCGUACUUCCUAGAGAAGGGGUCUUGAUAUUUUUUAUUUAAUCUAAGAAACGGGUGAGAAACGGGUGAAUGAGGCGGCGCAGUGUGUUGUGUUCAGCUUGCGGUAAGACAGAUUGUGCCCAGGGUUUCAGCUGUGGACAUUAAAGUAGGUUGAGCGCCGAUGACAGAUCGAUUGAAUGCUGCCCGGGACGUGAGAUAGAAGUUGUUCUUCUGCUUCACAGUUACGAUCAGUAAGCCUAGUCUACAGCGAUGCCCUGGCGCUUGUGGUAGUAUGUAGCGUAAACAACAGUUAGGGUCCUGAGACAAGGCGAACGCCAGUGAUUCCUGGUUCAAUGUGGAAAGCGGGGAUGGGCAGGUCGAUGUCGAUAAUAGGAAGUACAUAUUUUGGUACGGCACUGUAGAGAGAGGCGGCGGAGGAGUGAGCGCUGGGCGUUUUGAAUGCUCUCGGCAAAGCCGGGUGAAAAGGUGCUUGAGCUUGUGAAAAUUCACAUGCAUACAUGACGUACGUGGACAUAAAAGCGCAUUUGGGUGUUUUCAACCCUUCCGACACCGAAAGGAUACCGCUCGCUUUUUGGGAAUGCGGCGGCUGCACCACUGUUGCUGUAGUACAGCGAUGUGUGUGGUGCCUUUAUCUGCUGCGUUUGUUAGGACAUGACGCACGUCGGAAUGCAUGUUUACACAAGAUCGUGUCGUGAGAGGCAUGCCUCCAUCGUCCCUGUUCCAGCCGUGUGAUUACGCACAUGCUUCUGAGACAAAAACACAUGCAGCUGUUAUUAUAACUUUCGCAUCACCAAAGAAAUUAGUAUUGUCAUGAUUAUUUUUAUAAUUUGAUAUUAAGUCUAAAUAUUAUUUUGUCUGGACACGUCUAGAUUGCCUGAGACUCCUCACUCAGGGCGCGCAAGUAGGACCCCCACGUAUCGAACGAUUGACUCAGAGGGCUCUCUUCCACCAGAAGCAGACGUCUCAACGCGACGCCAACAUGAAAAGGGGGAAUCGUCCUCGACAUCGGGGAUCGACCUCUCUAAAUCUAUCAGCACGCACGCGAGACGCGUUUCGAUUCGUUUUGUAUCUUCCAUCACUUGCUCCCGUCGAUGUUUUUCAGCAUGUCUUCAAGCUUUUUGUCCAUCUCCUCCUCCUUUUCCGCCACGUUCCUCUGGAACUCCGCCUGGAUUCGGUCCAUCUCGUCGCGGAACGGCUUCGCCGCCUCGAGCACCAGCUUUCCCGGCUCCUCGAUGUCCGCCACGGCCUUACUGGCUGCCGCCGCCAACCCCGCCCCACCCCCACCCCCACCCCCGCGCUCGCCCUCGCCGCCCGCACCAGCCCCCCGACUAAACAGAUCGGAAGACUCCAGCGAGCUCAUCAACCUCUGCGCGUCAUCGCCUGCCGCAUCCUCGGGUUGCUCUUCUUCUCUGGAAUAGUCGCCAUCACCGUUUGCCUCCGACGGGGCUACGUCUAGCCGGGAUCGAAGGCGUGUAGACGCGGCUCUUGGUCGGGCUAAAAUGCGGACAAAUGGAACGGCAGUGGGGGCCAGAGAAACGGGGCACGGUGAACGAAGCUGUACGUCAUCAACAUCGUGUGCAACAUGCAUGGGGCGGGAAGGCAAAAAAGAAGGGCGAGAGAGAAGAGGGAAAUAUGAUACUACGAGUAUGUUUUUGGGUGCCUAUUCAACACGGUCGUGCGUCGUGUGCAUAUAAAACGGGAGGGGAUCGACCGGGCAAAGUGGGGAAUUUGUCGACUUCAUCUAUUGAAACCUGCCCAACGGAGGUGGGUGGGAUGGGGUAACAUCCAUCAGGCUCUUGGUUGGACCACAAGAUAACAAUGAUAAAACAAUACAUACCUAGUACAUACAUAUCUCCGGCCCACGACUCGAGACGUGGGUAUGACGAAAGGGAGAUGGUUGAGGCAUGGAAUGGCCAGGAGAAGACGGUGGCUGUACUGGGAUGGGAAGUGGGUUGAAAGGGCGGGGGGUGAUAUCGAUAGGAUAGACAGGCUAUAUGGAUCCCUCUACUCUGGGUGAGCGGAGAGUCCGGGGAUGUGGUGGCUAUGUCCUGCCACCGGAGGUUGGCUAUUACUUUGGUACAAUGUGGAGAGGAAUGCCAAGCGUGACCGAGCGAAGUCAGUCAAGCUAGGGUGGUGCGGAGAGUGGGCGAACCUUCGUGGACCCAUUUUCCCAUCCUUCUAAAGAUUAAUCAACUCUUCGCAGCCGUUGGGAAUCAUAAGAGUUGUGGACCCUCGGGAGAACUGUUAUCUAUUAUCAUAUCUUCCCUCAGAUCCUACUCUCGAUGUACGUGUAUCUGUGCUCCCUGAAUCUCCAUAUCCUGACCUCCACGUAGCCCCCCUUUUUCUUCGCCGAAAGCUCAGCUUAUUGAAAAUGGGUUUUGGCGCACAUGCAUGUUUGCAUGUUAAUUGUAGUGGAGCAGGUAAGGGAAGUUGUUUCCCAAGGAAAUAUUCAGCCACUUUUCCAAACUGUGGUGCUGGCGGUUUUUCCCUCUCAUGGUACUGUUUUAGAUGGGCAAGAUGCACGGAUAUUUCUCGUGUUUCAUUGACUUGCUUCACCCUAUACACAACUGGCGACAGUUGUGAGCAGAUGGUAUACGGUCCCCGCCAAGGUUUAAAGACGGGGUACUGCGGCGGGCCAGAGAUACUGAUAAUCCGAUCAAUGACUACACGUGCCACGGUUUCAGCAGUUUUGUUUGAAACUGGUGUGAGAAUUGCAUAACGCAUCAAGUGGUCCAUCAUGGAAAGCACGCAUUUACAUCUCACUGCUGACAUUGAGAGUGAUUUGUAUUCGACUAGAUCGACUGAUACUCUUUCAAAUGGCCGCUGUACAGGUGUCCUGGCAGAUACGAUUUAAACAGUAAACCGUCUUGUAUGGAAUACUACGACAUUGAUCUUGCCGUUUCGUUGUCUGGUAGCGGUGCUUUGGCGUCUAAACUGUGUUGGACGUAUUCGCCGUAUUCUUCGGCUUGUUUCUCGCGCAAUUUCUCAUGCUUGGCAGAUUCAAAUACUUCCGUGGCGCUGAGGAAAUUCGAAUCAACUGUGAAUAAUUCACUAUCCCUAAGGACUGGUUGCACAUCAUCCAAUUUGUCAGCCGAGACUUGGUAUGGUCUGUUUGGUAUGUGUUGUUGCAGCUUUGGAUCGUUCCGUACAUUUCGGCAAAUCGGUGCAAGGGUCGGCGCAGUUCGUUCUUGUUCAUUAUCGAACACGAACAGUCGCGAUAACGUAUCCGGCACUACAUGCAACUUUCCCGGUUUAUGUUUUACCGUGAAAUCGAAGGAUGACAGUGCUAUUGCCCAUCUAGUGAGCAUAUUUGACGUGUCUUGCAUCGUAUGAAGAUAUUGCACUGCCGCAUGAUCAGCUACGCACGUAAAAUGUCUACCCCAUAAACAAGGACCCCAGUGUUGAUUUGCUAGAACAACAGCAUAGCAUUCUUUCAUGGUGGCAGAGUAGUGUUGUUGGCUUUUGUUGAAUCGCUGGCUAAAGUAUGCUACGAUAUUCACGUCAUCGCCAUUCUGUUGUGCCAGGAAUGCUCCUGCUCCCACUUCAGAUGCGUAUACGUGGAUAACAAACUCUUUAGAGAAGUCCGGAAAAUGCAAAACAGGAGCGUUGGUGAGUAAUCGUUUCACU